AGGGGGAGGAGGGAGGGAGAGUCUGAGAGAGCGCUGUUGCCGUGUUUCUCGGCCUCACUCCUCUCGUGCACUCCACCCGGUUCACUUGUCCAUCUCGCAGGCCUCACCACCACACCGCCAACAUGUACGCUGCCAGGCUCGCCCUUCCCAUUGCCAGGACUGUUGCCGUGAGGAGCCAAGCUGUGGUCCGCCCCAUCGCUGCGGCGCCCAUCAGCCGCGCCCUCCAGACCUCUGCUGCUUCCAGGGACAUUGACUCUGCCGCCAAGUUCAUCGGUGCCGGCGCUGCCACCGUGGGUGUGGCCGGCUCUGGUGCUGGUAUUGGCUCUGUCUUCGGCUCCCUGAUCAUCGGGUAUGCCCGUAACCCCUCCCUCAAGCAGCAGCUCUUCUCCUAUGCUAUCCUGGGAUUCGCCCUGUCCGAGGCCAUGGGUCUGUUCUGUCUCAUGAUGGCCUUCCUGCUGCUGUUCGCCUUCUAAAUGUGUGACUUGCGUGCCGGGGUGAUGGUGGCUGCUGCCCCCUCCAUCGGGCAGCUGCCCUGCCCCCUGGAGGGCUGCCCCUCACCCUCUGGGCUGAGACAAACAUCAUAUUUAUGUAAGGGUGUGGCGGCAACUCCUUGGGGUGGCAGGACACUUCCCAGGAGACCGGGAAGCUUGAAUGUAUAUAAGGAGUAAACUAAGCUUUUUCCCAUUUUGUUGGUACAUUAUGUAUCGAGUCAGGCAAUGCCAAAACACUCCUGUUGGCGGAAUGCGAGAGAAAAUCCCUAACAACAAUUCCAGUGUAUAGAAAAGUUUAUAAAUAAAUGUUAAAUUUUC